GAUGUAGGAGCCUGAUCAGGGACGACGGGACGUUUGAUCGUUGAUUUUUUUUUUUUCGUAAUGUCUGGAAACCAAUUGAAACACUACCGUUGGUGGAUUGUACCAUGCGGCCAAACAUAUUUUCGCGGUCUGUCGCCAGGGCUUGUGUUUACAAAACGAUUAAAUCCAUAACUAUACGCAAAAAGUGACCAACAGAAUAAACGCUAUGACAAAUCACCAUUCUGUAGUUUGGUUGUAUUUUUAUUUCCAGUAAUGGGAUGGUGGGAUUUCUACACAGUGCAUAAAGUCGAACCCCUAGAUCCAUUUUCGGACAGCCUCCCAAACCCGGUCACGUUCAAGACGUGCGUUGACUGUCGCUGUGGUUCCUUCCGUCCUGUGCACAAUAUGUUUUUUCCACCUUCUUUUUAAAAUCUCCCGACAACUCCUUGCAGUAUGACGCUUGAGUCAAAUCAAAGCAAAGUCGUUUGUCGCGCAGGAACCGGCGGCUGUAAACUAAAAGCGAUCGCAAACUGUUUUCCUUGCGCUAGAUGGCGGAUGCGCCCAUCCGAUUUGGGUUAAGCCGAGAUCAAAAUUGACUUUGUUCUCCGAAAGAUGUGUGCGUCGCUUAAAAAAAAAAAAAACGAAUGCGGCUGGUCAGUGCGACCAGAAGGCUGCUGUUUGACAAUUUUGCAAUGCGGGGCUUGCGGAUGUAGGCGCCUAGGUGUCCGAUAACGGAUUCAUUUCUUUGCGCUGGCUCGUUUUUACACUAAACUGUUGACCCGCUGCAAAGUCAAAGUAGGCUCGUGAUCGAGCCGUCUGCUGACGCCGAUCGGAGAGCUUCGCUGAAAACCUCGCGUGUAUUUCUACUGUGCGGAUGUUUUGAGCCGCGACUGGGGGGAAAGCCCUCAGACACAAUGGCGAGGUAUUUGCCGCGGCUCCCAACUCCAUGCGCACUUUGGAGGAAAUUUGAGACAGGAUAAAACGCCUCCCGUCGGCCCUUUCCGUGCUCCCCGUGUGUUAUUAAUUUUACCGCUCAACAAGGCCUCUAAAACAAAGCGAGGGGCACGCCGAGCGAGGCGGCUGAUUUGUGUGAGACGUCCUGGUUCGGAUCCCGACAUCGCGAUGCUUUUGACAGCGCUUUUUAGUGAAAGUUAUGCAAAAUGCCAUCCUGUGGGGUGAAUUCCAAGAAGCGACUCUUUCCACCGGAGCGGGGCGGGCUUUAAUGCGCUCUUGUGCACGACUGCUGGGUAUAGGACACGCAGUCGCACACAAGGGUGACACCUCUAUGGUGAUGGACACAGACAGUAAUCCUGAUGAGGAGGGGGCAGAGGAAAGCCGUGAUGGGCAGGACCGACCUUCUCCCAGCCCCCAGCGUGAAGGAGCCUCAGUGCAGUGUGCCCCGGUACGGGCAGCCUCUGCUCCCUGCUCCCCCUCUGGCUCCCGGCCGGGCUCUGGCCCCAACUGCAGCGCUGGCUCUGCUCUGGACUGUGCUGCGUCCCAGAAGCCAGGCGAGAGGCCCAACUCCUUGCCCCCCUCCAGCCCCGCGGUCCUAACACACAAUGAAUGGGCUUAUGAUUCUGCUGUCAGCCCAGUGGAGCACCAGCAUCCAGGAAUGCAGAAGGACAAAGUAGAACUGAAGCCAGCAGACCACUCUGGAACAAUGAUCCCCAGCGCUUUAACCAACGGAAAGAAAGAAGCAGAAAGCAGGGAGGACAGCAGCAGCCUCUCAUCUGACCAGUUGGUACCCGACUCCACAGCACGCCCGGAUGAAGUCAGGAAUGUCUCUGAUGGAAGAUUACAGAUGGUGUCUCCGUCCCCUGAAAACGGUACGCUUAAGAAGAUCGAGUCGCCCUUCACAGCGGCUGAAGGCGGUCUCAUCAAUGGUGGUACAGGUGGUGAAGUCUCGGUGAAAAUGGAGAAGAUGAACCAGAACUUGCUGCAGUGGACUGUGGCAGAUGUGGCCAGUUACUUUUCAGCGGCAGGCUUUCCAGAGCAGGCUGUUGCUUUCCGUACACAGGAAAUCGACGGGAAGUCUCUCCUCCUGAUGCAGCGCAGCGACGUCCUGACGGGCUUGUCCAUCCGACUCGGCCCGGCCCUCAAAAUCUAUGAGCGCCAUGUCAAAGUGCUGCAGAGGACCCACUUCCUGGAAUGCGACGACAUCUGAAGGGAUGAUCGGCAUGACAGACGAUGCUGUAUGGUCUAAGACAUGCAUGCAGUCCCUCUACCAUCUGGACCCCACUGCCUACCUUCAUAUAUAUUAGUAGAAGGUGCAUGGAGUGGGACAGGCGGCGGUGGAAUUCGGCUUCACUGUGAGAACGACCAGAAACUGAAAGACAGUCAUCCUACCUCUCAUUGUGGUCUUUGGUUUUUCAAAUGGUUUUCUUUUCACCCCUGUGGCCCCUUUGGAGACAAAAGACAUCUGCAGGCAAAAUCUGUUUAAGCGGAGCAGCGCUGACCUUUCUGCAAGAGCGAAACUUUGGGUAGCAGAUGGUAAACAGAGCUGCACCAGGUGGACCACCAUAGAAAUGGCUGAGUUGCUGCCACAGGUUGGGGUGUCUCCCCAUCAACUUUCUGUAAGAUUUAAAACUGAAGGUCACAAAGAACAUUAAGCACACCAGCUGUUGCUAUGUGAUGAGAUCUAAGCAUCAAAGUCGACGUGUCUGCGUUAAAAGUUAAGUCUCAUUCCUGAGUUCCCAUUCCACCAGUAGCUGCUGCAGUGGAUUAUUGCUUCAGUGUCUGCCCCACUGAGAUAUAACCCUUAAUGUGUUUUACUAUCUGUUCAGUCUUAGUUAUAAAUGAUUGUGGUCUAACGAUACAGAUUGACUUGGGGGAAAUAAUACCAGGUGUAAGUGACCAUAAAAUAUGCAGCCCAAUAUAAUGUGCUCUCACAUUCAAGCAAAACAAAGUAAUAAUGUUGCAAGAAACGCUGCUCUUGCUGGUUAUGUAGUUUGAAAUUCAAUAGAGCUGCUAAGGGACUGUUUACGGAUAACUUUAAGAAAUGCAAUAUUUUAUGUUGUUUGUUUACAAUUGGUCUGUCCUGGCGUUGUGUUUUGAUGGCCAGUUGAACUGUGUGACAUUCCAUAUUAUGUAGUCUUCAUCUCAAGUGUAGCCUCUCCCCUUUUUAUCUGUAAUAUGAAACAAUUCUUCCAGAGUUGGAAAAUAAAGCUCAUCUCUCUCA